GAUUGAUCAUUCUUACUCCUCUACUGGGUUUCUUUACAUUAGAGAGGUGUCGUAUUUUAUUCUUGUGACCGAUAAUUCCAUUUUUAUAUAGUAAGAUUAUUAAUUUUCUCUCAUGAAUAUGGAUAGGGACAUGGAUGGUGAUUCUCGUGAUAGAGAGGACAGAGUGCGUGACAGAGAAAGGUCUCGCCGAGGGGACCGCCCCAGCAGGUUCUCUGGAGGAGGGGGUGGGGGCGGCGGAGGCUUCCGUGACAGGAGCCCCGUCAGAGAGAGAAGACGAGGCCCCUCAGACAGGCGAGUCUACGUCUCCAACAUUGCUUACGAGUUCAGAUGGCAAGAGUUAAAAGACUUGUUUAGACAAGAAGUUGGAGAGGUUGCGUUUGUUGAAUUGUUUGUCGAUGAAAAUGACAAACCCAGAGGUUGUGGAAUCGUAGAGUUUGAGUCUAAAGACUUGGCACAGAAAGCAGUUGAAAAGAUGCACAGAUAUGAACUCAAAGGAAGAAAACUAGUUGUUAAGGAGGACUUUGACAUAGAGAGAGACAGGCAGGGUCGUCCAGUGGGAGGAGGUGGUGGUGGUGGCGGCGGUGGAGGAGGUGGUGGACGGGGCAACAUGGGAGGUAGAGACCUUGACAUGGGCAACCGUUCCAACAACGCCAACAACCGCAUGCGUGAGGUGGACCGGGGAAUGGCGGGGACUAUGGGCAUGGGCGGAGGAGCCUCAGCCAACAAGUGGGGCAACACGUAUGGACUCAGUCCUCAGUUCCUGGAGUCUCUACAUAUCUCUAGUCCACUGGUCACCAGAGUGUUUGUGGCCAAUCUGGAUUAUAAGGUUGAUGAGAAGAAGCUACGAGAUGUGUUCAAGUUGGCUGGCCGUGUUCUAAAUGCUGAGAUAAGCUUGGAUAAGGAAGGUAAGAGCAGAGGGUUUGGUGUGGUGGAGUAUGAACACCCAGUUGAGGCAGUGCAGGCUAUCUCCAUGUUGCACAACCAGAUGUUAUACGACCGGAGAUUGUCGGUGAGGAUGGACCGCGUAGACAAGCCUGAUGGACCUCCCAAACUGCCUGAGGGACUCAAGGGCCUCGGCAUGGGAUUGGGCGCCAACGGUACUCCCCUGCAAGAUGUCACCAGAAACCUUCCUAGCAUAGCGCAGAACAUUCAACCGACAAAUCUGAAUCUGGCCAACCAAGUAGCGGCUCCUUCCCUGACACAAGCAGCUCUAGGACCAGCGGCAGCCUUAGCAGCUAGAGACAUGCUGCCUAGCCUAGGAGGCGCCGGUGCAGCAGGUCUUGGACUUGGUGCUGGGGAUCUCAGUGGUCUAGGCGCCGGGGGACUCAGCGCUGCAGCUCUUGGCGGCUUUGCACCCAACAACCCUCUCAUGGCCCAACUCAACGCAGCAGGCAACAGCCUACUGGGGGCUGCAGUGCCAACAUACUCUACCAUUUCAGGUGGACUGGGUAACAACCUAGGAGGCGGUGGACUUGGAGGAGGUCUAGGAGGUGGACAGCUGGGCGGUGGCGGCCUAGGAGGCGGUGGAGGAGGUCUAGGCGGUCGGGACUUUGACUCCCUCAGUGCAGCUCUAGGAGGCGGUGGUGGAGGAGGUGGAGGAUUCAACUCCAACAACAUGGAUAGAGACUUCCACCGGCCACCUCCUAACAACAUGUCUGGCAAUGGUAGAGGCGAGCCCCUUAGUGACACUAUCAUGAUUAAGAAUCUUCCGCCCUCCGCAACUUGGCAACAGCUGAAGGACAAGUUCAGAGACGCAGGAGAUGUCAAGUUCGCUGAACUGAGAGGAAAAGACAUUGGAAUCAUCCAGUUCACCAGCAAAUGGGAUGCAGAACGUGCCCUCAAUAUGAUGGACAGAGUGAGAUGGGAUGGCCGUACUCUAGACGUCCGUUACUACUAACUCAGUGAGUAACUGACCCUCAGUUACUGUUUUAUUGUUCCAAUGACCCACAGACAUUCAGUGUUUAGUGUUUAGGUUCUCGAUGUACAAGAUUUCAGCUCAUGUUUUAACUGGUAGUUCACUUGACUAGGCGUCGUCCUGAUAUGUUAUUAUUUUGUACUCUUUGAGAUGAUCUCUACUGGAGUUAAGUUGCUGAUAAUUGUCGGUGUGUUCAGAUUCAUAAUCUUAAAAUUGUGUUCUGCGUGGAGACAGAACGGUUUCACCAGGAAUUGUUGUCAUUGUCACUCUUGAAGAUUAUCUACUUUCAAUUUUGUAAUGGAAUUAGUGUUUUAAAAUACAUCCAGUAUUCAUCAAA